UCGCGAGGUUGGGGCGCGCUAAGGGGGCUGGUCGGAGGCUGUCAGGGGAGGUUUUCCCCUCGCCAGUGAUGGGGCUGAGCCCCGCUGACCCCAGAAGCUGCCGGUUUGCUGCGUCUGCCGGCUUCUGCGUCUGCUCACUGAAGAAGCUGAACAGGCGAGAGGAGUCUCUUUUCUUGGGUGCAUAGGUCCCUGUUAGCAGAGGCUUUGAGUCCUAAUCGCCACAGCUGACGGCUGCGAGGGAUUGAGAGCAGAAAAUGAGUUGCACAAUUGAGAAGGCACUUGCUGAUGCUAAAGCUCUUGUGGAAAGACUGAGAGAUCACGACGAUGCCGCAGAGUCUCUGAUUGAGCAAACCACAGCUCUCAACAAGAGAGUAGAAGCGAUGAAGCAGUAUCAGGAAGAAAUUCAAGAACUUAAUGAAGUUGCAAGACAUCGGCCACGGUCCACAUUAGUUAUGGGAAUCCAGCAAGAAAACAAACAAAUCAGAGAAUUGCAACAGGAGAACAAAGAAUUACGUACAUCCCUGGAAGAACAUCAGUCUGCCUUGGAACUUAUAAUGAGCAAGUAUCGAGAGCAAAUGUUUAGAUUGCUAAUGGCUAGCAAAAAAGAUGAUCCGGGCAUAGUAAUGAAGUUAAAAGAGCAGCACUCCAAGAUUGACAUGGUACAUCGUAACAACUCCGAAGGAUUCUUCCUUGAUGCAUCUCGACACAUCCUUGAAGCAUCUCAACAUGGACUGGAGAGGAGGCACUUGGAAGGAAAUCAGAAUGAAUUACAAGCACAUGUUGACCAGAUAACUGAAAUGGCAGCAGUAAUGAGGAAAGCCAUUGAAAUUGACGAGCAACAGGGUUGCAAGGAACAGGAACGAAUACUUCAACUUGAACAAGAAAACAAAGGCUUGAGAGAGAUCCUUCAAAUAACUCGAGAGUCAUUUUUGAACCUUAGGAAAGAUGAUGUGUCGGAAAGUACGUCUUUGUCAGCAUUAGUGACCAAUACUGACCUGAGCCUGCGGAAGAGCUGAAGAGCUUCUAAGUCUGCGAGCUUCUUACCAGGCUGCAAAUGGUCACUGGGACCGGCCUGCUAAAAUGAAUGAAUUAACAGAAAAAUCAAUCUCAAGCUGCCCUUUAUUUUUUUUUCUAUAAUAUGUACAGUGCACUGGCAAUGACAUUUUUAAGAGAUAGCAACAAAAAAUGCAUAGUUAAUGGUCAUAGACUUUAUUCCAAAAUAUAAUUGAAAAGUAAAAACUAAGCCUUUGUUAAUUGGUGAACAAAGGAAAGAUUUUCACAGCGACGGCUGAACAUAUCAGGAGCUUUCAGCAGUGCUCUUGGCCUUCUGGAUGAUACUUGGAUAAACACAUUCCCAAUAAAUGUUGGGAAUUCAUAAAAGUAUCCCAAUUUUAAAAUACAAAUUUUGCCAUGGUUUUGUGAAUGGAAAAUUGUCAUGUUAAAUUUUAUCCUCCGUCUUUUGUGUCAAAGCUAACAAAUAGCUUGUGUACCAUGAGACUUCAACUUUAAUGAUUGCCUGUCUACUUUUAUUAUUUAAAUUUUUGUCAAAGAAAAUUCAGUUUGAGAGGCUGUAGGAAUCUUUUAUAUGCACCAUAAACAAAAGAGGUAAUUUAAUUUUAGCUAAUUUACCAUAAUUAAUACUCAGCUAACAAUUAUCCAUAACUUGUUUAAGUAUAUGAAAUAUUUCAGGAAUGAAAGAGAAGGAAUACUACUUUCUAAGAAAGAAGAUCUUAUAAGAGACAUAUUUAGUAGGUUAAACUACUCUAGAAAGAAUAAGUUUUGGUUCUAAAUCAGUAAUGAAGAUGAGAUUUUUCUCUUCUCUGGUUGAUCUUUAAGGAUAUUAUGUAGCUCAUUUAGCUAACAGAGUUGAAAUGUUUGAUAUAACAAGCUAGGUAUGGUAAUUUCAAAGUAAAUUGAGAAUUCCUCUGCCUCAUAGAACUCUUUUUUUUAAAAGUAAUUACUCUUAAGAGAUACAGAAAAAAUAAAAUUUCAAAGAAAAAUAAUUUUUCUGGAUCUAUUCUUAAGCUCUAUCUGGUCCUCAAGGCUGUAAGAGUCUUCUUAUAACUUUUCAGUCAAAAGGGGGAAAAAAUCUAUGGAUUUAGAUGUAUUUGUUUGAUUUUUUACAAAAUACAUAUCCAGUAUGUAAAUUUUUAAAAGCUACCAGAAAUAGAAAUGUGCUUUAACAUCAAUUGAAAUCUAAAUUUUUCUUAUUUUGUGGUGGUUAUAGAAUAAAAGGAUAAAAUAAGAGCAUCAAAUAUGAUUAAAUAUGUUAUACUCAUUUAUAUUAAAUAUAAAAAUUAGCACAAUAGAAAAUUCUACUUUUGAGUAUAUAAUUUGUUAAAGAAAUAUUCACAUGGUGAUUUUUAUGUAUAAUUUCAUAUGUUGGUAAAAUUCAAAACUACUUUUCACUUCAGAAUUUUUCUAUCUUAAGUUUGGAGUAAGUGGGGUUGAUGGGGCUAAUUGAAUAGAAAAGGGCUAAUGGCCCUAACAUUAGAUUUCCUUUCUCAUUCAGAGGCCUUAACUGAUAUUUUAUAAAUAAAUGACAGUUUUUAUUUUUAAACCUUUCUAUUGAUUUUUGGGAAAGUAGCCCUUACUUUGACAGUACAUUCAUUUAUAUAGUUUUCAUCCCAAGUCAGAAUUUAAGAAAAUAAGUUACACCAUUGAGAUUUAGUCUGAGGCAGUUCAUUGAGGCAGCUCUAUUAUAAAACAUUACUUGAUAAAUAAUUAUUUUUGUAAACAAAUAAGUUGAGUUAAUUUAUUCUUGGUGUUCUUACUUGGAUAUAAUUUUAAGAUCUUUGUGUUUAAAGACAUUUACUUUGUUAUAUAGCAACAGUUUUCCAUCCCAUACUUUUUUUUUUUUAAAGCAGAACCUUAAAUUUAUGUCUGAGAGUAUGUACUGCAUAGGAGCCUAUUUUAUCAAUAAAGAUGAGUGAAUAAAAUU